CUUCAGUAUCCAUCUAGAUUAAGAUAAGGUGUCCAAAAAUAUCGAGAGGGGCAUAAACAUCUCCCGCUCCAACUGAACUGAUAGAUAUUUUCUUCAACCAGGGAGUUGAGUGCUCACUGGGCCUUAGUCAUGGCUGCCAGUCUUUCUACAGCUCUCGAUGUCCAUUUUACAAUACCAAAAUCAGAUACAAAGAGACCCAUUUUCUUCACUUCACCAAUCAGGCAUAACCCCCCCAAGAAAAGACUCGCCAUUUCUUGCAACUCUUCCACCUCAGAAACAUCAUCCUCUAUAAAACCACCACAAAAUCUCUCAGAAUCACCCAGCCCCAAAAACCCUUCUUUAUCUGACCAACUCAAGCCUCUCUCCGCAACCACUCUCUCCACCAAAGACCAUAAAGCUCAACUCUUGUCAAAACCCAAGUCCACAUGGGUCAACCCCACAAGACCAAAAAGGUCAGUGCUUUCACUUCAAAGGCAAAAGAAGUCUCUUUACUCUUACAAUCCUCAAAUUAGAGAGUUGAAACUCUUUGCGAAGAAGCUGAAUGAUUGUGGUUCUGGUGAGGAUGAGUUUGAGUCUGUUCUUGAGACAAUCCCAUACCCACCAACUAGAGAAAAUGCUCUCUUGAUACUCAAUAGCUUGAGGCCAUGGCAAAAGACUCAUCUUUUCUUCAACUGGAUCAAGACCCGGAAUGUAUUUCCCAUGGAAACCAUAUUCUACAAUGUCACAAUGAAGUCUUUGAGGUACGGGUUGCAGUUUGAUAUCAUUGAGGAGCUUGCUAAUGAGAUGGUAAGCAAUGAGAUUCAGCUUGAUAACAUUACUUAUUCAACUAUUAUUACUUGUGCUAAAAAAUGCAGUAGGUUUGAUAAGGCUGUGGAGUGGUUUGAAAGAAUGUAUAAAACUGGAUUAAUGCCUGAUGAGGUCACAUAUUCUGCUAUUUUAGAUGUUUAUGCUAAAUUAGGCAAGGUUGAAGAGGUUUUAAGUUUGUAUGAGAGAGGGGUAGCUAGUGGGUGGAAACCCGACCCUAUAACAUUCUCUGUAUUGGCAAAGAUGUUUGGUGAGGCUGGAGAUUAUGAUGGCAUUAGGUAUGUUUUGCAAGAAAUGAAGUCUCUUGGCGUGCAGCCUAAUUUGGUUGUGUAUAAUACAUUGUUGGAGGCAAUGGGCAAGGCAGGGAAGCCUGGCUUGGCUAGAAGUUUAUUUGAGGAGAUGGUGGACUCAGGGCUAACCCCGAGUGAGAAAACACUAACUGCACUAGCUAAGAUUUAUGGUAAGGCUAGGUGGGCCAGGGAUGCCAUGGAUUUAUGGGAACGAAUGAGGUCAAAUAACUGGCCAAUGGAUUUCAUUUUAUACAAUACGUUGUUGAACAUGUGCGCAGAUCUUGGCCUCGUUGAGGAGGCCGAGAUGUUGUUUGAGGAUAUGAAGAGAUCAGAGAAAUGUAGGCCAGAUAGUUGGACUUUCACUGCUAUGCUAAAUAUAUAUGGCAGUGGAGGGAAUGCUGAUAAAUCAAUGGAGUUGUUUGAAGAGAUGUCUAAGUUGGGUAUUGGGCUUAAUAUAAUGGGUUGCACUUGUUUGGUUCAGUGCUUAGGGAAGGCAAGAAGAAUUGAUGAUUUGGUUAAAGUUUUUAAUGUUGCGAUUGAUGGAGGGGUUAAGCUGGAUGAUAGGUUUUGUGGGUGCCUGCUCUCUGUUGCAUCGUUAUGUGAUGAGAGUGAGGAUGUUGCUAAGGUCCUAGCUUGUUUGAAGCAAGCUAAUCCAAGGUUGGUUGCCCUUGUGAGAUUGAUUGAAGAAGAAGAAACUCGCUUUGAGACCCUAAAAGAGGAGUUUAGGGCUGUUGUCAGCGGCGCCGUGGUGGAAACAAGAAGACCCUUUUGUAAUUGCUUAAUAGAUAUAUGUAGGAAGAGAGAUCUUCAUGGGAGAGCACAUGAGCUGCUCUAUCUGGGAACCCUUUACGGAUUAUACCCAGAUUUACACCACAAGACUGUAAAGGAGUGGAGUUUGGAUGUGCGCUCACUGUCUGUGGGUGCAGCUCACACUGCACUUGAAGAGUGGAUGGGGACCUUGACCAAAUUCGUGCAGCGCAAUGAGGAAUUGCCAGAGUUAUUUUCAGCUCACACGGGUUCAGGAACUCACAAGUUCUCACAAGGCUUAGCCAAUUCCUUUGAUUCCCAUGUGAAGAAACUUGCAGCACCUUUUAGGCAGAGUGAAGAGAGAGCUGGUCAUUUCGUGGCCACACGGGAGGAUUUGGUAACUUGGGUGCAAUCAAGGAUUCCGUCUUCGGUGACAGCAUGAACCGCAAUGUAACCGCACAGCCCAGAUGGCGCGUGGAAAUAUUUCUACUGCAUGGCAUCAGAAGAAAUAGGAUGCGCCAUCAUGAUGCUUCUGUGGGUGCUUGUUUGGUUUCAAUUUGUUCUGGAUGUUGGAAAAUGUUAUUGAGAUGCAUGAAAUACGAUGGUGUUUGCUGAUGGCUAUUUGGAGGCAACUGCGAUUUUAUUCAUGCCAAAUGCAAUCAAUAAUACUUCCUAAUUGUUUAAAUAAAUAGAUCAAGGUGCUCUUUUUGUUUGCGAUCAUUAUUAUUAUUUUUAUUUUUGAA